UUUGAUGUGGUGGUCGAGACUCGAGAGGGAAUUGUAGAAGCUGAAUUUUUUUCGGCACCACCGCACUCGGUCUGCCCUCACACUAUCGGAAUCUUGAGAAGAUGGAGAAAUGUUGCAGAAUGGUCCUGCUUUUCUUUUAUGGAUGAGUUUUACCAUUCAGGACAACACAAGAGAAUGGAUGCUUUUGCAGGUUUGUUGUAUCUUGAAAAUCCACGAGCACAUGUCCCAUGCAGUGAGAUGGAGGAAUAUUAUAUGGUCCAAUGCAAACAGUGGGUGCUCAAGGAAUGCUUAGGAACAACCCUGAAAGUGACAGAUGGAAGAGAGGGCAAUUGAAGUAUUGGAUAUGAGGAUGACAUGUGCAUUAGUGAGCCACAAGUUUGGAGCAAUCUUGGAGAUGCGGCCAGAAGGGACGAUGAGCAGAAACUCAUGUGCAUUGUUCAUGACAUGUGACUCUCUUGAUCGCUACAUUGUCACUUUUAUUUUCAUGAGUUCGUGAA